AUGCACAGAACAUACUCGUUGAGAUCCCAAAAGGCCCCCACCGCUGCUCAAUUGCAGUCCCCUCCACCUCCAACUUCCUCCACCAAGUCCAAGUUCUUCGGUAAGGGUGGUAUUACCUCCACUUUCAGAAAGAACUUGGCCGGUGCCACUGGUCCAGAGAUGUCCAGAAAGUUGGCCCAGUUCAUUAAGAUGGAGAAGAACGUCAUGAGAGCUGUUGAGUUGACCGCCAGAGAGCGUCGUGAGACCGCUAAGCAAUUGUCCCUCUGGGGUGAGGAGAACGACGAGGACGUUUCCGACGUCACUGACAAGUUGGGUGUUUUGAUUUACGAGAUUGGUGAAUUGGAGGACCAGUUCAUUGACAAGUACGACCAGUACAGAAUCACCUUGAAGACCAUCAGAAACAUUGAGGCUUCCGUCCAGCCAUCUAGAGACAGAAAGCAGAAGAUCACUGACGAGAUUGCUCACUUGAAGUACAAGGACCCACAAUCUCCAAAGAUCUCUGUUUUGGAGCAGGAGUUGGUCAGAGCCGAGGCCGAGUCCUUGGUUGCUGAGGCCCAGUUGUCUAACAUCACCAGAGAGAAGUUGAAGGCUGCCUUCAACUACCAGUUCGACGCCAUCAGAGAGUUGGCCGAGAAGUACGCCCUCAUAGCCGGUUACGGUAAGGCCUUGUUGGAGUUGUUGGACGAGUCUGCUGUCACCCCAGGUGAGACCAGACCAGCUUACGACGGUUACGAGGCUUCCAAGCAGAUCAUCGUUGACGCUGAGAACGCUCUUGCUUCCUGGACUCUUGACGCUGCUGCCGUCAAGCCAACCUUGUCUUUGCACCAGGGUGAGGACGCCGAAGAGCCAGAGGCCUCUGAGUUGUACGAGGCCGAGGAGGAGUUCGCCAAGCACGACGACACCAACAACGGUGCUGUUGCUGCCUAA